AUGACUUGCAUGAUUUACAUUGAAAAUGGCCUGUGUAAGGUUAGUCCAUAUUUUGCAACAAAGCAAAUUUGGGCAAAAGGCCGUUGGCUCGGUAGAUCAGUCAAAGAUGUUUUGGCAGCAGAGUUCCGCAACCGGUCCAUGGCUGCGCACGAGGAUGCCAUGAGUACUGGCCACGUGGCUCUUCUCCGACGUUCCGGACUUAGCAAACGUGCACAACGGAAAACUGGCAGUAUCAACUCUGAUGCUCCUGUUGAGUCUACUUUUACAAUCUGCCGGAUCGAAGGUUCUGAGGAACUUGCACAGGCUGUGCUUAAGAAUGGAGAUGUUGUUGAAUACCGCGCACACGUUCACGAACCACCAGUGGCCAACUCCCCGGGCCUGGAGCAUUGGGCACAAACAAAUGACCCUAGCCAGUGGUUGGCCGAGGUUGUAGUCCGUGAAACUGAAGAAUGUCUAGUUGUUUGUAAACCAGCAAGCAUCCCGGUACAUCCCACUGGUCGGUACUCCCGUAACACGCUGACUGAUUUGCUCGAGCAGGCUCUCGGGUACAAAGUAUAUGCGUCACAUCGACUCGAUAGAUUAACCUCUGGGUUGCUUGUACUAGGGAAAACGGCACCAGCGGCUGCCGAUCUUUCAGCCAGGCUCCGUGAAAAAACUGUCUCCAAGGAAUACAUUGCCCUUGUGCGCGGACUGUUCCCGCAUGGCUCGCAAACUGUCACAGCCCCGAUCUUUACCACUCAGUUCUCUGAUGGCUCUGCAAAGUUUGCUGCCGGUCUAAGAGCUGCUGCUACCGCCAAGUCUUCUACAUCUACACGCGACGGGCCUAAACCAGCAUCAACAAGGUUCGAUUGUGUAUGGCAUGACGAGCUGCGGAAUGUUUCGUUGGUCCGGUGCGCACCACUCACAGGCCGCACUCACCAGAUUCGUAAGCACUUGGCCAUUGUCGGAUAUCCUAUUUGCGACGACCCUGUGUAUUCUCACGCCGCGUUCCCUAAACUGCACCAAGCUGUUCUUGAAGCCCUUGAAAGCGGGUCAGCCUUAGACCCAGCCAUUGAUGCGUUUGAGCAACUCGAGCGGUUUGUCGGAGAAGCAAUGCACAACAAAAUGCGCGCGGGAGAAACAUGUUCUGAAUGCGGGGCCCCCAUGUUUACGGACCCAGUACCUAGCGAGCUACGUAUCUCGCUGCAUGCAGUACGUUACACGGCCGUUGAUGGGUCGUUCGACUACUCCGUCCCGUUACCCACGUGGGCCCAUUCUGUGCAAUAA